AUCACCCCUCCUGACCCAGCGAGAUGGAGCGAUCAACCCGAGAGCUGUUUCUCAACUUCACCGUGGUCCUCAUCACGGUCCUCCUCAUGUGGCUUCUUGUGAGAUCCUACCAGUACUGAGAAGCCAUGCUGUGCCCCGGCUGCCUGUCCCCCACCCUUUUCCCUCACGAAUCCCUUAUCUGAGGGGCCCGCAAGGCUUUGUGACCUCCUGAGGUGUCACCUAGGCUGACCACUGAGCACCUGACCCCCCAACUCUCACCGCAGCUGUGUGUGGAACAUCAGGGCCUGGUUUUGUGCUGAUGUAGAGCCCCAGUCUCCUCCUCGUC